AUGGCUUUCACAGGUAUUCUGAGAAAUUCCGGAAAAGUUGGAUCCUCGCUUAGGGUGCCACACAUCAGGCCCUUUGUAGGCCACAUUAGAGCUCUACGUUUCAAUUCAACGAUUGGCAAAGACGACUCUCUUGAAACUACACAUUUCGGUUCAAGAACUGUUCCAAAAAGUGAAAAACAGAAACUGGUCGGAACAGUAUUUUCCAAUGUUGCCUCUAAAUAUGAUAUCAUGAACGAUGUGAUGUCUAUGGGGGUUCAUAGAUUGUGGAAGGAUCACUUUAUUAACAAGCUAGAUGCGGGGAAAAGACCGAACUCAAAAGAGCCUCUUCAUUUCAUUGAUGUAGCUGGUGGCUCUGGUGAUAUUGCGUUCGGGCUGCUAGACCACGCUGAGCACAAAUUCCAUGACAAAGAAUCAGACAUGCAUAUCGUGGACAUUAAUGCUGACAUGCUGAAGGAGGGUGAGAAGCGAGCCAUGAACCAGGGGAAAUAUUUCAAUGACCCACGCGUCAAGUUUCUAGUCCAAAACGGAGAAACUCUUGACCAAAUCGAGUCGAACUCCAAAGACGUUUACACCAUCUCAUUCGGAAUUAGAAACUUCACGAACAUUCAGGCUGGUUUGGAUACCGCUUACCGUGUUCUAAAGCCUGGUGGAAUUUUCUACUGUCUAGAGUUUUCCAAGGUUAACAACCCCAUUGUUGAUGCUCUUUACCAAAAAUGGUCCAAGGCUCUGCCAGUGAUGGGCUCGUUAGUCGCUAAUGAUUACGACUCUUACCAGUAUCUAGUCGAAUCUAUCCAAAAAUUCCCAGAACCAGAAACGUUCAAAGGUAUGAUCGAGAAAGCUGGUUUCCAAUGUGCCGGCUACGAGCCAUUGACAUUCGGGGUUUGCGCCAUUCACUGGGGUAUUAAAACUUAG